AUGGCAGAAGGCACUAACGAAGGACUUUCCAUCUUGGAUCGAAUAAAGCAAUUUGACAGCAGCCCGCAAUCGACCCAGCCUGUCAAUCAAGUAAAACCCAAGAAACCGUCGCUCAAGAAAAGAACCGGACAAAAAGCACACAUCAUUUCUUCUCAUGGCCACAUCACCAAGUCCAAGCCACCCCCACUGACCAGGAAAAUCUCUUCCCACAGGCUAGCAUUGGUGGAGAACUGUGUUACAUCACCAAAGUCGAAGAAUGCUGACUUUUCCUCGCGGUUACCUACCAGCCCCUCGAAACCCACACAACAGAAUAAACCCGCUCUCAAACCACCUGUUGCCAAUAGAAACAAACCGUUGCGGCCCAUGCGGUCGCUUGACGAUAACUCUAAACCUUCUCCACCUAAGGAGUCAACCCCUAAAUCCGUGGCCCAGAGAUGGAAGCAAUUGGAACAGUCGACUAGCAGUAAAGAAGUAUCGAAAACUCCUGAAAAAGUUCAAGUAAAAAAGUUACCAUCUGUAGUCAACUCUACAUCAGCUGAAGUGGUUCAACCAGAUAUCCAGGCACCCAAGAGUUUUCUUCACCAGAAUAGACCCAGCAGAAAGAGUAGGUCUGGUAGUAGGAAAUCUCCAACAGUGAAGCCACGACCACUGCUGCCCUCAGACGGGAGAGACAAGAUCACAGCUGUGACUGUCCAGGAGGAAGACUGGGAUGAGGAGGAGUAUGAGGAUGUGCUGUUACCUCCCAGAAAGGUGCAAUCAGAAGAAAAAGCCAAUGAUUCUGACUCCUGGGAGACUGAUGACGAUGACGAUUACCUACACGAAUAUCACGACAUCUACGAGCCAAUCGCAUUCUCACCCCCAAAAAGUACCGUCGUACCAAAACCCACCUUGCCACCCCCACCAGUUCCUUCCAAGCCAGUCCGGAACAGGUUGGCUAGAAACUCGGCAGCCUCAGAAGACACGCCAUCAGGAGAGGUGAAUACAGUUCCCAAACCACCGAGAACAACUGGAAAAAACAUCGCCCGCUCUCCCAAUCCUCCCGACAGGAUAGCCAGCUUGGUUGACACGGAAGAGGCCACAAGUCGACCAAAAACAGUCCCCAGAAAUGUGCCGCAAAUCAAACUAGAUGCGAAAAACAAGAAGAUUCCUCCUGUCCUUCAAGUAGAAGGAAGCUCACCACAGACGAAGGGGAAGCACAAGGGUGUUAAGUUGUUUUUACACAACAUGUUGGCAAAAUCCAAGUCAGGAGGCGACCUAACAGUACCACAACCCUCUCUAAAUCCUUCGUCUUGCCCGGACACGCUCUCACCACUUGCAUCUGCUGCCUUGGAAGGAAGGAAUUGGAAGUCCUUAGAAAAACUUGGUGACAAGAGGGAGGAAUAUGAAGACAUGGCGUCUACAAAGAACGGCUCUACGGGUGUACCGAGGUUACCCCACCGCGAUGACAGACCACCGGCCACCUUGCCUAGAAGAGAUUUGACAGAGCACCAGUGGCCUUCCAUGGAAGACAGCACCUACAUGAUCAGUGAUGAGUAUCUGGAUAUUGUAGAGUUCCCAGCCAACCCAAACGGUGGCGAUGAUGAAGACCUGUAUGUCUUGCCAGACGACGGAGAUGAUGAAGUCUAUGAGGAUGUUCUUGUAUCGAAAGUUUCCUUUCACUGA